CUACAUUAACAUCAAUGAAGAAGAAACCCGGAAGACAUCUGUAGCAUCGUUGCAUCAGAUCGCAGAAUGCGGCGAGAGCAUUCCUGUGCCGCUGCUCUGUUUGCUAACUUCGGCUGACGCUUGUUUGUGUUUCAUUCAAAGCCAGAGAUGGCCACUCUCUACGUGUCCCCCCACCCCGAUGACUUCAGGAGCCUUCUGGCUCUCAUAACUGCUGAGUUUUGUCGGUCCUCUCGCCCUCGGACCGUGACAGAGGACCCUCCUGCAUCUCUGAAUGCCCGCUCCAGGCCCAUCCUGGUGCUGGGCGCUGGGGAAGGUGACUGCGUCCUGAGUGGGGCCAGUGCUGUAGCCUGGUACCUGGCCCUUCAGGGGAAGAUAGCUGGUGUAGAUGUAAAGCAGCAGAGUCUAGUGUGGCAGUGGCUCAGCUUUGCUGACAACGAGCUCACCCCAGUGUCUGGUGCUGUGGUCUUCUCACUAAUGGGGAUGAUAGGUGUGGAUAAAAAGCUUCAGCAGAGUUCUCGUGUGGAGUUGAUACGUGUUCUGAAGGUUCUCAAUCGGGCACUAGAACCAAGAACGUUCCUGGUGGGAGAAAGCAUCACCCUGGCUGAUGUGGCUGUAGCUACAGCUGUUCUUCUACCUUUCAAAUAUGCAUUGGAGCCAUCAGACAGGAAGGUCUUGACCAAUGUUACCAGGUGGUUUACAACCUGCAUUAAUCAGCCACAGUUCCUAAAGGUGCUGGGGAAGAUCACUCUGUGUGAGAAAAUGGUGCCAAUUGCAGCAAACACAACUCUUGCUACAGAUGCCGAAGCUGCUAAUGGCAGUCCUGCUGCUGACCCCACCAGCGCCACAGCUAAUGGUCCUCCAAAAACUGAAGCCCAGCUGAAGAAGGAAGCGAAGAAGAGAGAAAAACUGGAAAAGUUCAACCAGAAGAAAGAAAUAGAGGCAAAGAAGAAAACGCAGCCACCAACAGAGAAAAAGGCUAAACCUGAGAAGAAGGAGUUAGGAGUGAUCACAUAUGACAUCCCUACACCUGCCGGGGAGAAAAAAAAUGUCUUAAGUCCCCUUCCUGACUCCUAUAGUCCUCAGUAUGUGGAGGCUGCCUGGUAUUCAUGGUGGGAGAAGCAGGGCUUCUUCAAGCCUGAGUAUGGGAGGACAAGUAUUACUGAGCAGAACCCUCGUGGCAUCUUCAUGAUGUGCAUCCCUCCACCUAAUGUGACUGGAUCACUUCACCUGGGUCACGCUCUCACCAAUGCCAUUCAGGACUGUCUGACCAGAUGGCACAGGAUGCGAGGUGAGACCACUCUGUGGAACCCAGGCUGUGACCACGCUGGCAUUGCCACACAGGUGGUGGUGGAAAAGAAGCUCAUGAGAGAGGGGGGUGUGAGUCGCCAUGACCUGGGCAGGGAAAAAUUCAUCCAGGAAGUCUGGAAGUGGAAGAAUGAGAAGGGAGACCGUAUCUACCACCAGCUGAAGAAGCUGGGCUCCUCUCUGGACUGGGACAGGGCUUGCUUCACUAUGGAUUCAAAACUUUCCUAUGCAGUCCAAGAGGCCUUUAUCCGCAUGCACGAUGAGGGAGUGAUCUACAGGAGCAAGAGGCUGGUCAACUGGUCCUGCACACUAAACUCUGCCAUCUCUGACAUAGAGGUGGAUAAGAAGGAGCUCACUGGUAGGACUCUGUUGCCUGUGCCUGGUUACAAGGAAAAAGUGGAGUUCGGUGUCUUAGUGAGUUUUGCCUACAAGGUCGAUGGAACAGACGAGGAAGUGAUCGUGGCCACAACGCGUAUUGAGACGAUGCUGGGAGACACAGCUGUAGCUGUCCACCCUGCUGACCCCAGGUACCAGCAUCUGAAAGGAAAAACGGUGCUGCAUCCCUUCUGUGACCGCAAGAUGCCGAUUGUUUUCGAUGACUUUGUGGACAUAAGCUUUGGAACAGGCGCUGUCAAAAUCACCCCAGCCCAUGACCAUAACGACUAUGAGGUUGGAGAGAGACACAAUCUAGCCUUCAUCAACAUCAUGGAUGAGAAUGGCUUGCUCAUUAAUGUGCCUCCUCCCUUCCUGGGAAUGAAGAGAUUUGAGGCGAGGAAGGCAGUGUUGCAGGCUCUCAAGGACAGAGGCCAGUUUAAGGAGGUCAAAGAUAAUCCUAUGGUAGUUCCAGUCUGCAGUCGAUCCAAAGACAUUGUGGAGCCGCUGCUGAAGCCGCAGUGGUAUGUGAACUGCACAGAAAUGGGCAAGGAGGCCGCUGACGCCGUCAGAGAGGGACGGCUGAAAAUCAUCCCGGAUCACCACCUCAAGACGUGGUUCAACUGGAUGGACAAUAUCAGGGACUGGUGUAUAUCCCGGCAGCUGUGGUGGGGUCACCGUAUUCCUGCUUACUUCAUCACUGUCCACGAUCCCUUUGUGAAGCCAGGAGAGGACAUGGACGGUCACUACUGGGUGAGCGGGAGAUCGGAGGAGGAGGCCAGAGAGAAGGCCGCAAAACGUUUCAACGUGUCUGCUGACAAAAUUACCCUCAGACAGGAUGAGGAUGUUCUGGAUACUUGGUUCUCGUCUGGCAUUUUCCCCUUCUCUAUCUUUGGUUGGCCUAAUGAGACCCAGGACCUGAAUGUGUUCUACCCUGGCACCUUGCUGGAGACAGGCCAUGACAUCCUGUUCUUCUGGGUUGCUCGUAUGGUGAUGAUGGGCCUUAAACUGACUGGAAAGCUGCCCUUCAACGAGGUUUAUCUGCAUGCAGUGGUGAGGGACGCCCAUGGAAGGAAGAUGAGCAAGUCUCUGGGCAACGUUAUUGACCCUCUAGAUGUCAUUACAGGGAUCUCCCUUGAGGGUCUUCAUGCCCAGUUGAUGGAUAGCAAUUUGGAUCCAGUGGAGGUGGAGAAGGCAAAGCAGGGCCAGAAGUCAGACUACCCAAAUGGCAUCCCAGAGUGUGGCACAGAUGCUCUUCGGUUCGCCCUGUGUGCCUACACUAGCCAAGGUAGAGAUAUCAACCUGGAUGUCAACCGUAUCCUGGGUUACCGUCACUUCUGCAACAAGCUGUGGAACGCUGUGAAGUUCACCAUGAAGACUCUGGGGAACAACUUUGUACCUUCAGAGAAAGCCCAGUUGUGUGGAGAGGAGAGUGUGUCAGACAGGUGGAUUCUGUCUAGACUGAGUGCAGCUGUGGGUUUAUGUGAUGCUGGCUUCAAGGCCUAUGACUUCCCGGCCAUCACCACCGCCAUCUAUAACUUCUGGCUGUACGAGCUCUGUGAUGUCUACCUGGAAAGUGUGAAACCAGUGUUCAGCAAAGCAGAAGAAGACAGCACCAGCCAAAGACAGGCCCAGGUGUGCAGGAAAACUCUUUACACCUGUCUAGAUGUCGGCCUGCGGCUCCUGUCUCCCUUUAUGCCCUUCGUCACUGAGGAACUCUACCAGCGGUUACCACGAAGACAACCUCAGAGCGACCCCCCCAGCAUCUCUGUGACGUCCUACCCUAACACCGAGGAGUUCUGCUGGCACAGUGAGGAGGUUGACCGUGACAUGGAGUUCGUAAUGACUGUGGUGAAGACCAUCCGGUCCCUCAGGGCUGAUUACAACCUGACCAAGACCCGAGCUGACUGCUACCUCCAGUGUAUAGACUCUGCAACUGUGUCUGUGGUGCAGAAGUACAGUCUACAGAUCCAGACCUUGUCUUCCUCUCAGGCUAUCAUCCCUCUGACAGCCGGCCAGCCUGUCCCAGAAGGCUGUGCUGUGGCUAUUGCCUCUGAUAGAUGUACUGUCAACCUUAUGCUCAAGGGUCUCAUUGACGUUGAGAAGGAAGUAGCUAAACUGAUGACAAAGAAAAGUGACUUGGAGAAACAGAUGGAUAAAAUGAGAGAGAAGAUGACGAAGAAUGACUAUAAGGAGAAGGUGCCAGUGAAGGUGCAAGAGCAGGAUGCUGAGAAGUUACGACAGAGUCAGACUGAACUCGAAAAAGUCAAAGAAGCCAUGGAAAACUUUAGAAAAAUGACAUAACCCCUCCCCAGAAUUAUUUCCUCUUUAAUGCCAGUGUGCUACUUUUCAUAUUUUUUUUCGGGUUGAUUGUGGUAUGGAGGGAAAUCAAUAAAUCUCUUACAACUGUUUUCUUGA